UCAUUACAAGCCGGUUAAAGCCUUUGAUUAGGUCUAUCUAAAACCAUAUACAAAGUAAGGCGGUAAAUAGAUAUCUAAAUUUAAGUAAGUUAUCAUGUGAAACUUAUUAUUUUCUUCUGUUGUAAUUUUUUUUUUUUUUUAAGAAAAAGAAAGAAACAAAAGAAGAAGUCCCACAUAAACGACGUCAUUUAAGCCCUAAAUUAUAAACUGCCGCAAAACCCAUGUUCUGGUGAUUGCGCAAUUCAAGUUUGUUUGUGUUCGAAGACUUUGCACUGCAAAUAGGUAAAGCCUCAGGCUUUAGUCUCUUUAUAGCCCUUCUCAUAAUAAUUCAGUUCUAAUUGCCAAUUUUCAAUUCUCUCUUAUUAUUUUGCAUCAAAUGAAUUACAUAAUGGCCUCAAAGAUACUUAAAAUUGGUAACUAUGAAGCCAAAAACCACUUUGAACUCUCUUUAAUGCAAGCCUUUGAAGAGCUUGAACCGAAACUAAGACCACCCUUUUCAUUAGCCAUUCCAAGCCCACAAGAAUACUUGCAGCUUAAUCGUGCCAUUCUUUGUGGUGUUUUAACUGAUUCCCAGAUGGCUAAAACCUAUACUAAGUAUCUACAUGCUAUUGUUACCGAUGGGUAUGCUUUUUUUGUUAGUUUGACUGUUAAAAUUGUCAAUGAUUUGUAUGUUAAGCUUGUUGAUUCAGUAAAAGGUCAGUUGAUUUGGGUUGCUAAAGAAAUGGUUGAUGUUUUGGCUGUGGGUUUUGAUGGAUUGUUAGUGUCUUUAUUGAGGCAAAUUAUUGGUGGCGAUUUCAGUGAUGGGAAUUUAUGGUUAUGUUUUGAAUUGAUUAGCAUUUUCUUGAGUAAUUUAAAUUAUUUAAUUGAAGAAGAACCAUUGGUGUUGACUAGUGCACUCUAUGUAUUUAUUAGGUUGUUAGCUGAUCAUUGUAGGUUAUUAAACAAUGUGAAAUUAGAGUCCUUGAAAUUAUUGGAGAUUGAGUUUUGUGUGAAGAUGUUGAGAGAGCAGUUUCAUUUAUGUAUGAAGAUUGGGAGAGACCUUAUUAGAUUAUUGCAAGAUUUGGUUCAUGUCCCUGCUUUUCGAGCUAUUUGGAAAGAUUUAGUUCUAAACCCAGGUGAGUUUAGGACUCCAGGAUUUUCAGAUAUUUCUCAACUCUACUGCUGUAGGACUUCAAGUUGUUAUUUUUUGCUUCGGAUCACUCCAGAAAUGGAAACCCAAUUGAGGUUUUUGCUUAUGCAUGUGAAGUUUGGGAGUCAGAAGCGGCAUCAGACCUGGUUUGUUAAGAAAUUCCUUUUCAAACCAGAGAGAGAGACUGUCAUUGUUGAUAUUGUUCGCUUUAUAUGUUGUGCACACCACCCAUCCAAUGAAACUAUCCAGAGUGACAUUAUACCGAGGUGGGCUGUUGUUGGCUGGCUACUGAAAACUUGUAGGAAAAAUUAUGUUCAAGCCAAUGUGAAGUUGGCCUUAUUUUAUGACUGGCUUUUUUUUGACGAAAGAAUUGAUAAUAUAAUGAAUAUUGAGCCAGGAAUGCUAUUGAUAGUGUGCUCCAUAACCAAAUAUAUUGACAUGACCAACUCUCUUCUUGAAUUUUUGUUGCUUCUGGUGGAAAAUUAUGAUCUGGAUCGUCCACAUGUUAUUUCCAGGGGAAUUUUAUCAGCUUUCAAUGUUCUUGUUCAAAAAGGAGUGAUUCAUUCACUGGAUGUUUUGACAUCAUGUGAUGCGCUUUCUCCUUGUCUGAAACAGAGACUUGGGAGGUUAUGGUCUAGUUCAAAACCGGGGCUCACUAGCAAACUACAACCAGCCAAUGUUCCUCAUUACUCAGUACCACCAUUGACUUUGCAGAAUCUGUCAUGUGUAGAAACUACAAAACCAUCUCCAGAACAAUCUCCAGCAUGUGAGGAAAAAGUUAGACUUAACACUAAACCUAUUGAUACUUCUAUUACUGCUUCAGAUGAUUUAGUUACUUGUCCAUCUAUUAGCACCAGUGAUACCCAAGUUGAUGCUAUAGAAAGUUUGUUAAAAAAUCUGACCGAUGCUAUGAAGAAGUCAAAUAAAAUGGGCCUUCAGAUUUUGGAAGCUACACUUCUGUCAUUUUUGAAUCUUGAUAACAAAGUACCAGCACUUGUUUCAAUUCCUCCUGAAGUUCUAUGUUCAAGAAUAGCAGAUCAAUUUGAAGCAAUUGGCUGCAAAUUAUUUGCCCCCCUUGAUAAUGGUCCUAAUGCUCCUUGUUCCGGCUAUGAAAUUAGCUCUGCCACAGCCUUAGUUUCUCGUACCUUCAUAUUUUCACAGCAUGAUAAGAUGCAAAGAAUGCUUCUAUUCUGGUCGAGGAAUGGUUUACCAGUAGGAGCACACUUAUUGUCAUAUGCAUCACAGCUAGCCUAUGAAGCAUAUGUAGCAGGUUACUCAGGAAAUGCAAUGGCUCACAACAAUUUGUCUAAACUAGGCGAGUCAGACAUGCCGUUGCUGACCUUUCAUCUUGAUGGUUAUUUUUCGUUAACUAAUGAUCGAAUACUACGUGCUUGUAAAGACAUUGUUCCUAUCUCUGAACUGGACAAGAAGUCUGUUAUUAAGUUGGUGGAAAAUUCUUUUGCUGCUUACAAGUGUUUCCUUGAGUUUUGUAGAAAUGUCUUGCAAAAAGAAGAGGAUACAUCUCUGUCAAAGCUCCUGUUAUUGGACAUAGUAUUAUGUCUCCAGUGGGAAAGAGCAAAAGCAAAGUUCUUAUUUUGCAGCAUCUUCCAGCAUUUUGCUGAUCUGUGUGUUGGUGAUAAAAAAAUCAUCAGGUUACUCAUUGGUUUGUUGGAUCAUGCUGAUCUUGUUGAAGUACAGUUUGUGAUUGGUUUGAAGAAGAUCUCUUUGUUUGGGGAGAAUUGUGAAACCAUUUUCCUCCUAAUCAAGAAUUCGCUUAGUUGGGAUCCUUUGGAGCAGCAUAGAUUCUGGGGCUUAAUGAGAUCAGAACUUGCAGUUUCCAAGGUUCCGGUGGAGAAGAUUAUUUUACAAUUUUUCUACUGUGAUGAUGUGAAUGCAAAUAAUAGUGCAAUUGCAGCUGGAGGCCUUCUUACAUUAUGCAGUUGUUGUGCACCUACAUCUGAGCUUGUUGGGACAAUCAUGUUACUACCUGAGAAUGUGUUCCAGGACUUUGCCGCCACAGCUUUGGCUACAUGGGUUGUGUCUAAUCCCACAAUGCUCUUUGACAGCUUGGCUAAAUUUUCAGAAGAACUUAACAAGAAAAAUGGUGAUGCUUUUGAUUCAGCUGGGAUUACUAUUAACCGUUCAGCAGUUCUAUGGUUAUUGAAUUAUUUUACUGCACAGGGGAUGGAUGCCUCGGAUAUUCUGAGAAAUUUGUCUUCAAAUAUUCCAGGUGAAUAAGCAAUGCACACAUCAUGGUUUAGUGACAAUUUUGUAAUUAUUCAGUCAUCAUAAGGCAAGCAUCUAACCCUGCAACCUAUUUGAUAAGGUAUCUGAUUUCAUUUUGAAUUAAUUUUGGGAAGUAUUAAUUGGAUGGCAUUACAGCUUCAUCAUGUGAUUUUAUAGGAAGUGCUCCAGCUAUGACAGACUGUUUCGACAAGCUUAUGGUAUCAUGAGAUGAAUGCAGCUUGAAAACCACAGGUUUAUGAUAGACAUUGCUUAUGAUGACAUGAUAAAAAACUCUCUGUUUUCAAGGCAGGUGCUUUUGUGAUCAGUUCCAAAUAAUCAGCAGGUGUCUCUGAUUGGCCUCAUCUCUGAUACUCUGAGAAGGGAAUCUCUGCCACACCAUCACUUGGUGCUGAUUCAAUUGAACCAGGGUCCUAGAGGUGAUUUGUACAGUUCUCUGUGUUUGCCUGAAGUCUUGCAUUCAAGAUCUGCACAGUUGCUUGUCAAUUUUUUUGUCUGUCGCAGCACGGAAAAAUUCACUAUACAGUAGUAUCCACAUAAUAUCAUCUUUGCAAAACUUAUAGCCAGUGAAGUACUGCCAUUCAUUUUCUUUUUGAGCUAGGAUCAUCUGUUCCAGUUUCAUGGCAAUUGCCCUCAGAUGUUAGUGCUAUGCAAUUGUAUAGGUUGUCUGUCUGCAAUUGUAUAUGGAAUUUAAUGUAUUGAUUACAAACUUAAUGGUUGCUUAAUGAUUUUAUGCUAUAGGUCUUCUUCAAUCCUUCAAAGGAAAUUUUAUGGUCUAAAGAAUACCAGUCGUUUUAUCUAGAAAAUGUGUCAGAUCUUUUCUUCCCAAAGGAUAUUUCCUCAGAUCAAUGGGCCCUUGGAAGGUGUCGAUAUUUCAUCUCUCAUGUACCCUGGCAUACAGCAGUUAUAACCUCUGCUGAGCAGUUGUGUACUUAAAAUGAUGGUUCAUUUGGUUUUCUGGGCCAUCGAAUUUGGGGAAGAAUUUUGAUGCACCUACACCGAAGGAAUGGGGGAUCUCUUAAAGGGCUCCAAACUGUACAAGCAAUACUGCUGCAGUUAUGCAGUCAUGGUUCCAGCUAUGCUGCGUGCUUGUUGUGGUGGAGAUAAAGUAAGUUUGGACACAGUGAUAACGAUACACACAUCGGUGCCCCUCUGGAAGCCGAAUCUCUUCCAGUUGCAUGAGGACAUAAUCCUACAGUUGCGGUUGGUAAGCAAUGUUGGUACUUUGAUAUUUGGAGGAUGCCUUGAACCCAAUCAAGGUUCUUGUCUAACCAGGUGACCCAUCAGGUUCAUUUGAUUCUAAGUUUGCUAAUCUCUGUUCUCAAAGUAUACUAGUUCUUGGACUCUGGACAAUAUGAACAUACUUGUGGAUGAGUUUCCCUAACUUCAAGUUCAAGAUUCUUCUGCAGAACAUAAAACAGUCUUCUUGCUUUGACAUUUUCUUCAGCAUGUGUAUGAUGAUGAUGAUGUUAUUAUACUGAAUGAAUGGCUACUAAAACAAAGAAGACUGAAGAUUAUCAUUGGGUGGUUAGAUUAAACUGAAGUAAAGUUGUAUUGUCUUUGUAAGAGUCUCAAUUAUUUCCACAUGCCACCUUGAUUUUUGCUUC